AUGCUAAGGCAGAUGGAAAAUAAGGAGGUGCUUGGUGACAGCCAACAUGGCUUCAAUAAGCGUAGAUCGUACCUAACAAAUCUGGUGGCCUUCUGUGUUGGGGUUAGAGCAUUGGUGGAUAGGGGAAGAGUAAUCAUCUACCUGGUCAUCUACCUGGACUUGUGCAAAGCGUUUGAUACUGUCCCCCAUGAUAUUCUUGACUCUAAAUUGAAGAGAUAUGGAUAUGAUGGGCAGACCACUCAGUGGGUAAGGAAUUGGCUGGAUGGUUGCACUCAUAGAGCUGGUCAACGGCUCAAAGUCCAAGUGAAAAUCAAUCUGCUGCCAGAGGAGCUACCAGCACUGUUCCAGUCUUGCAAGUCCCAUAUGUUAAAAGUUACUUUGCUGUGCUUCAGGAGAUGCCUACUAUUGGCACUGUCUUCAAGUUUACUCUGGAACACAUUUGGCUUGACUACAGCUAUGGACACGAAACCCAACAUAGUUUUGUUUCUGGCUGACGAUCUUGGCAUUGGAGAUGUAGGAUGUUAUGGGAACAAUACCAUAAGGACCCCAAACACUGACCACCUGGCAAGAGGAGUGAAGCUUACUCAGCACAUUGCCGCAGCUCCGCUCCGCACUCCCAGCAGAGCAGCGUUUCUCACUGGCAGAUACCCCAUCAGAUCAGGGAUGGCUUCCAGCAAUCGGUACCGAGUGCUGCAGUGGAAUGCUGGAUCAGGAGGGCUCCCAACAAAUGAAACAACUUUUGCCAAGCUUCUACAGCAACAAGGCUAUACUACCAGGCUGAUAAGAAAGUGGCAUCAAGGUGUAAACUGUGAAUCCUUCAAUGAUCAUUGUCACCACCCUCUCAAUCAUGGUUUUGACUACUUUUAUGACAUGCCUUUCACAUUUCUGAACAAUUGUCAAGAAAACAAACCUCCAGAGCUGGAUGUAGCCCUUCAAGCUAAACUUUGGCUUUACAGUCAGACAGUCAUUGCUGUGAUCACUCUUACUACUGGAAAACUGACUGGUUUGAUUUCCAUCCGCUGGAAGAUAAUUGCCUGUUUUACUGUGGUGGAUUGCCUUUUCUUCAUUUCACGGUACUCUAUUUAUGGGUUUGUGCAGCGCUGGAAUUGUAUCCUGAUGAGAAACCAUGAUGUCACUGAGCAGCCGAUGAGAUUAGAGAGGACUGCUUCCCUCAUGCUGAAAGAGGCAGUGUCAUUUAUCAAAAGAAACAGGUAUGGACCAUUCCUUCUCUUUAUUUCAUUUCUACACAUUCGCAGACCUCUCUUCACCACAGCAAAAUUUCUUGGGAAAAGCCAUCAUGGUUUAUAUGGAGACUAUGUAGAAGAAAUGGACUGGAUGGUGGGCAAAAUUCUGGAUUCACUUGACAAGGAAGGUUUGGAAAAUCAUACGUUCACAUACUUUGCCUCUGAUCAUGGAGGACACUUGGAAGCUCAGGAUGGCUCUGCCCAGCUAGGUGGCUGGAAUGGUAUUUAUAAAGGGAGAAAAGGCAUGGGAGGCUGAGAAGGAGGGAUUCAUGUGCCAGGAGUAUUCAGAUGGCCAGGAGUGUUACCUGCAGGCACAGUUAUCGAUGAACAUACAAGUCUGAUGGAUAUUUAUCCCACAGUUGUUCAUCUGGCUGGAGGAAUAUUGCCACAGGACAGGGUGACUGAUGGAUGAAACUUGAUGCCUUUACUGCAAGAAAGAACUCAAAGGUCAGAGCAGGAGUUCCUGUUUCAUUAUUGUGGGUCCUACCUGCAUGCAGUGCAGUGGCACCAAAAGGACAGUGGAGCCAUCUGGAAGGCUCAUUAUGUGACCCCAGUCUUUCAUCCACUUGGGGCUGGGGCUUGCUAUGGAAAAGGAUUUUGUCCGUGUUUUGGGGAAGACGUGACCCAUCAUGAGCCUCCGUUGCUGUUUGACCUCUCACAAGACCCUUCUGAAGCCAAACCUCUGUCAGCUGACACCGAGCCCCUCUUUGACACUGUGAUAGAGCGGAUUGGGAGAGCCAUAGAAGAGCACUGCAGGACACUGACUCCAGUACCAGAGCAGCUCUCCCUGUACAAUGUCGUCUGGAAGCCGUGGCUGCAGCCCUGCUGUGGGACAUUCCCUUUCUGUUGGUGUGAUAAGGAAGGUGGCCGCACACUAAAUUUGUGAGAUGAGUGUUUGGUAACAUGUCCUGAGGCACUAAGUCCUCUGCUAAACAAGCUUUCAGAAAAUAUUCAGGUCUUUCCACUGUCUGGCAAACAAAAUGGAUGAAAAUAAAGAGAAGUAAUGUUGAGUAGAGAUUUUCCCCUUUAUUCUUCACCACUAGCCAGAAGUCUAAAGGAAAUCCUGUCUUUUGUGGUAAAGGAAUUGAACAGAUGAAUACUGUGGGGUUUU